GUAUGGCUUUCUGAUGAUGAUAAUUCAGUUCAUUUAACAGCAACAUACAGUGCUAAACAUGUUUCCUUAGUUGAAAAUUUGGACCCCACUUUAACCUUUAUUCACAAUAGCCCUCUUUAAAUUCUCCCCACCCUGCUCCUGUUCAUUCAGUCAUCAGUUAUUAUUUACCACCACCACCACCCCCAGGACCUCUGGCUGCCGGCCACCACCUCAAGCUUAGUAAAAGAGUUUCUUUUAAUCUUUCCCUGGCUGCAAAGGAAAAAUAUGGGAUUCUUAAAGUGUGUACUAGGUGUAUUUCUCGUUGUUUCUAUGUUGUUGUCUGUUCAUGGUGAUCCUUUAGUUCCUGCAUUGUGCAUUUUUGGAGAUUCUGUUGUUGAUGUGGGAAACAAUAAUAAUUUGCAAACACUUGUAAAGGCCAACUUCCUUCCUUAUGGAAGAGACUUUCUUACUCAUAAACCUACAGGAAGGUUUUGUAAUGGAAAGCUUGCCACAGAUUUCACUGCUGAGUACCUUGGAUUCACUUCAUAUCCACCUGCUUAUCUUAGCCAAGAAGCCAAAGGAAGGAACAUCCUCACUGGUGUCAACUUUGCUUCAGCUGCUUCUGGUUAUUAUGACAUUACUGCACAGCUUUAUAGGGCUGUGACAUUAACACAGCAGCUUUCAUAUUACAAGGAGUGGCAAAGCAAAGUGGUGAGUUUGGUGGGGAAGGCCAAAGCUAAUGAUAUAUUCUCAGGAGGAAUCCACCUUAUAAGUGCAGGAAGCAGUGAUUUUAUCCAGAAUUAUUACAUCAAUCCAAUGCUUAACAGACUCUACUCACCAGAUCAGUUUUCAGACAUCCUCCUUAAAUCCUACUAUAACCUUGUACAGGAUCUAUAUGAUCUGGGGGUAAGGAGAAUUGGAGUUACAACUCUACCACCAACUGGAUGUUUGCCAGCCGCCAUUACUCUAUUUGGUUCAGGAAGCAACCAGUGUGUUCAAAGAUUGAACCAUGAUGCUGUUUCAUUCAACAACAAACUCAACUGCACAUCCAUAAAUUUGAAGAGCAAACUUCCUGGGCUCAAACUUGUGGUCUUUGACAUUUACAAUCCUCUGUUGGAGCUCAUUACAAAGCCCACUGAUUAUGGAUUCUUUGAAUCAAGGAAGGCUUGUUGUGGGACUGGUACAAUCGAGACAUCAUUUCUGUGCAAUGCAGGGUCUGUUGGAACAUGCAAAAAUGCUACAGAGUAUGUGUUCUGGGAUGGAUUCCACCCAUGUGAAUCUGCUAAUGAAAAGAUUGCCCAAAGUUUGCUGGAACAGGGAUUUGAUCUCAUCUCUUAAAGCCACCCAUAGUUGCUUCGAUAGCCUGUGUUCUCCAGUUUAAUGAUAUCUUAUAUAUUACAUGUUUUAUAGGGCUUUACAAAAGUUUUUGUUUCCUAAAUUUGGUUAAAGUAUCAUGUUUGAGACAAUUUUAAGAUUGAAAAAUAGGACCUGCAGGUUGAGCUAUCCUAUGUAAGAAACUGGUCCUAUCUUUGGAUUGAUAGUAAAAUAAAAUUACA